CAGCUCCGGUAUUUUACUACAACCCUAAGGCUGUACGACUCGUUUCCGGUGACCGAUUGGCUGACGAGUGGCGAUAUAUUGCCGGCGAUUGACGCGCUCUAUGCCGUCGAUGCCAUUCAUGAGGCCAUUGAAACAUUAUGUUAUGCGAGACGUCAUACGGGUCCUGUUAAUAGACCCCGAGAUGAGGCCAGGGAUCCAACUACUCCAUCUCACUCAUGCUCACUCGACUACACCAUCGACUACCUUAUACUAGCCCUUCAAUGGCCGACCAGUUCGUGCUUAAAGUACGACAACAUCUGUAACGUCGACGCAGAUUACAGUUGUUGGCAAAUACACGGCCUGUGGCCGCAGCGCCGGCAUGAGCCCCACCAACAGGAGGUCCAGUGGUGCUGCGCGACUGCGUACGACCCGUCCCUUUUGGACCCAAUCCGGGCCGAAUUGACCCGCAAAUGGAUGACCCUUAAUGUGACCGCUGAUAACGACUAUUUUUGGGGCCACGAGUACGAUAAACAUGGAUCAUGUGGUCGCAGUUCGCCGGCAUUGGCCGAUCAGCUCCGGUAUUUUACUACAACCCUAAGGCUGUACGACUCGUUUCCGGUGACCGAGUGGCUGACGAGUGGCGAUAUAUUGCCGGAGAAUGACGCGCUCUAUGCCGUCGAUGCCAUUCAUGAGGCCAUUGAAAGUAAGCUUAACAGCAGUAGAGUGCGUCUGAAUUGCGGUGACCCGAGUGGACCCGAAUGGGCCCCCAUUUUGUCGGAAAUUUAUAUAUGUCUGGACGUGGACACCUUUCAGCCCAUUGACUGCGAGGGCGAAGAUAACAAGAAUACGAAGAAUUUAAUCCAAUAUCCCAAACAUUAAAUCAGCUUGAUAAUUGCUACAAAAGCAUGUAUACUCUACAAAUAAAUACUCCAAGUAUUUGUUUUAAAUUGAAUUAAAAAUUGAAUUAUAAAACUUA